CUGGUGAAGCGCAUGGUAGUUGUGUCAGAGCAACAAAAUCAAAGAGGAUCUUCACUCAGUCAAAAAGGGAGAGAAGGAUUUCUGCAGAGAGGCCCUGAUUGGUGAUAAACUGUAACCUGUGGUCCCGGUGAAAAAACACCACCCCCGGCAGGCUGGCCACACCCCCUCCCUCCUGCCUAAAUGUAUCCUGAAUCGACCACAGACUCCCCUGCACGCCUCUCCCUCCGACAGACUGGCUCACCGGGCAUGAUCUACAGCGCUCGUUAUGGGAGCCCCAAACGACAGCUGCAGUUCUACAGAAACCUUGGGAAGUCAGGUCUGCGGGUGUCCUGCCUUGGAUUAGGAACAUGGGUGACGUUCGGUGGACAGAUAACGGAUGAGAUGGCAGAGCAGCUAUUGACUCUGGCCUAUGAAAAUGGCAUCAAUCUGUUUGACACAGCGGAAGUCUACGCUGCUGGGAAGGCAGAGGUGGUGCUCGGAAACAUCAUAAAGAAGAAAGGAUGGAGACGUUCAAGUCUGGUGAUAACAACAAAGAUCUUCUGGGGUGGAAAAGCGGAGACUGAAAGAGGUUUAUCCCGAAAACACAUUAUAGAAGGUUUAAAAGCUUCUCUAGAAAGACUGCAGUUAGACUACGUGGAUGUGGUGUUUGCGAACAGACCGGACCCUAAUACACCUAUGGAAGAAACGGUUCGAGCAAUGACCCAUGUGAUAAACCAAGGCAUGGCCAUGUACUGGGGAACGUCCCGCUGGAGCCCGAUGGAGAUAAUGGAAGCGUACUCUGUGGCGCGACAAUUCAACCAGAUUCCUCCCAUCUGUGAGCAGGCGGAGUACCACAUGUUCCAGCGAGAGAAGGUGGAGGUGCAGCUACCGGAGCUCUUCCAUAAGAUAGGUGUGGGUGCCAUGACGUGGUCACCACUGGCCUGUGGGAUCAUCUCAGGGAAAUACGACGGCAGGGUGCCUCCCUAUUCUCGGGCCUCUCUGAAGGGUUACCAGUGGUUGAAGGACAAGAUCUUGAGCGAGGAGGGCCGGCGUCAGCAGGCGAAGUUGAAAGAGCUGCAGGCAAUCGCGGAGCGGCUGGGCUGCACUCUGCCCCAACUCGCCAUCGCGUGGUGCCUACGGAACGAGGGGGUGAGCUCGGUCCUCUUAGGGGCGUCCAACACCGACCAGCUGAUGGAGAACAUCGGAGCGAUACAGGUUCUUCCAAAGCUGUCCUCGUCCAUCACACACGAGGUGGACAGCAUCCUGGGGAACAAGCCGUACAGUAAAAGGACUACCGCUCCUAACGCGCAGCGCCGCCACGCCCGGCAGGGCUGCACCCGGGCUGCAGCCGCAGCGCCGCACCUUUGCCUGAUCCUCUGUUUGCUUGAGCUUUUACUGAGUGAGACCCUGGCGCAUGAGUCUGGCCACACCAAGGCCACCCAGGGCUUCUCAUUUAGAGUUACAGGGAUAAGAUAAGGAAAGGGGGAAAAAAUACAGUCACCUCCACAGGGAAGGAAAGGAAGGAAGGAAGGAAAGUUUAGGAAUAUGCGCUCAUACUUAAAUCAGUUAUACAUUCAAUUCAGCUGAACGUAUUUUAAAAACCAUAGAGAAAAAUACCUUUUUAAAAAAAUAAAUAAGCACACGCUUGCUUGGCAGCCAGAU